UUUUUCUUCCCUGUACAAAGGGUGGACUCAGCCGCCAGCCGGGAUGUCGGAGAAAAAGAUGUCGUUGAGCCGUACAAAUCAUCUGAAGAGCUUGUUGCUUCAGAUCGGCCAAGUCAUGCUGGAGCAGGAGGCCCAGAAGGUGGAGGAGGAGAAGGGGAAGUACAUGGAGGACAACUGCCCCCCUCUCCUCAUCCCUGGCUCCAUGCAGGACCUUCAGGAGCUGUGCAGGAAACUUCACAAGCAGAUUGACUUGGUGGAUGAGGAACGUUAUGACAUGGAGAGCAAAGUGGCAAAGUCCAAUAAGGAGAUUGAAGACCUGAAAAUUAAAGUCCAGGACCUGAAGGGCAAAUUUAAGAAGCCAGCCCUGAGGAAAGUGCGCAUGUCUGCCGAUGCCAUGUUGGCCGCUCUCCUGGGCUCUAAGCACAAAGUCUCCUUGGACCUGAGGGCCAACCUCAAACAGGUCAGGAAGGAGGCCAAAGAGGAGGAGAAACAGUCAGGCAACUGGAGGAAGACCAUUGAAGACAAGGCCGGCAUGGAGGGCAGGAAAAAGAUGUUUGAGACAGAGGCUUAAAGGUUUUUCCAGUUCCUCUUUGGGUUUACAGAUCC